GACGAGCCUAUCCGUCGCAAGGGCCCGCGCGCCAAGUUUUCCAAGGAGGCGGUCGACUGCCUCAACUCAUCCCUCCCUGCUCUGCCUUCUCUCCUUGUCUCUUGCCCCGCUAUCGCCCAUCAGGAUGAACCUAUCUGGCGCAAGGGCCCACGCACCAAGUUUUCCAAGGAGGCGGUCGACUGCCUCAACUCAUCCCUCCCUGCUCUGCCUUCUCUCCUUGUCUCUUGCCCCGCUAUCACCCAUCAGGAUGAACCUAUCCGGCGCAAGGGCCCACGCACCAAGUUUUCCAAGGAGGCGGUCGACUGCCUCAACUCAUCCCUCCCUGCUCUGCCUUCUCUCCUUGUCUCUUGCCCCGCUAUCACCCAUCAGGAUGAACCUAUCCGGCGCAAGGGCCCAGGCCCACGCACCAAGUUUUCCAAGGAGGCGGUCGACUGCCUCAACUCAUCCCUCCCUGCUCUGCCUUCUCUCCUUGUCUCUUGCCCCGCUAUCACCCAUCAGGAUGAACCUAUCCGGCGCAAGGGCCCACGCACCAAGUUUUCCAAGGAGGCGGUCGACUGCCUCAACUCGUGGUUCCUCUCGCACCUCCACCACCCCUACCCCACCGAGGUCAGCAGGCAUCCAUCUCCAGUUAUUAGCACACCACCCCUCGUUACCAGCACGCCUCUGCCCGACCCUACCAGCAGCCUCAACCAGCAGCAUGAGCAGCAGCAGCAGCAGCAGAAGUGGCAUUCUCCCUCCCCUCUAGGCUGCAACACCAAGGGAGUAACGCUGAAGGCUGAGAGUGCUGCUGCUGGCUACACAGGCGGUUUCCCUGUAGCUGCUGCUGCUGCUGCUGCUGCUGGUCGUACUAACAGUACUGGUCCUGGUAACCACAUUGGUGCUGGUAACGUUUCUGCCGCUGGUCUUGCUGAGGUGGCAGAGGAGGAAGAGGAGUACCAGUUUGUUGACUCGGAAGACCCGCUUGACUCGGUGCUUCCUGCACUGGCGCUGCUAAGGUUGCAGGUGAAACGGUCUGAGGAGAAGGGGCAGAGGCGAAGGCAGCAGCAGCACGGGGAGAAGCACAAGGAGCAGGUGCAGACGCAGAACAAGAAGCAGACGCAGAGGCAGCAGAAGCUGAAUCAAAAGAAGCAGCAGGAGGAGGAGACGGAGGGGAAAAAAACGGGAUAUGUAAGGUUUCUUACCAAAGGUGGAGAGGGGGAAAUAAGAAACCAGGGAGGAAGCGAGGGAGGAGGAGAAGGUGCUGAGGAGGAGGGAGAGGAGGGGGCUGGUGGGGAGGGUGGGGAAGCUGAAAGUGAGGACGAGGCAGCCGAUUUCAACGACAGGGAAAGCAUUGAGGAGAAGGUCGAACAGGGAGCAGGGGCAGGGGAGGGCAGUGAGGAGGAGAGGGAGGAAGGAGAGGAGGGGGGUGAUGAGGAGGAUGAGGAGGGGAAUGAGGAGGACAGUGAGGAGGAGAGUGAGGAGGGGAGUGAGGAGGAGAGUGAGGAGGAGCAACUGAAGGUGAUGAGUCUAAGGGACGUGUACAGACGGUGCUUUGGGGAGGAGGUGGUGCUUCGGAGAAGCUCGGAUGAGGGCGAUGGGCAGGGAGGUGGGCACCGGGGUGGCGCAGGGGCGAGUGGGAGGGGCGACGGUCAGGGCAGCGUACAGGGGGGGGCGCAGGGGAAGGGACAAGGCGUUAGCGAUUCAGGCACGAAAGGGAAAGAUCCUGGAAAUGAAGGGAGAGGGCAGCAGCAGCAGCAGCAGCAGCAGCAGCAGACGCAGCAGUGGCAAGAGCAGCAGCAACAGGAGAGUCGGUAUGGGUUGCAGCGAGCUGCUGCGUCCAAUUUCUGCAGCGUUGCUCCUGUUGGCGUUCGUGCUGUGGCUUAUUGCGCUGCUCCUGCCGUUGCUGCUGCUCCGAUUGAUGCCACUCCUGCUGCUGCUGCACCUGCUGCUGCUGCAAGUGGUUUGUACGGUGCAGUAUUUGCCUCUUCCGGUGACAUUGGAGGGGUUGAAUACAUCGGUGGCCUGCUGGACAUGAUGGACGGUCUGGAUGGGCUCGCAGGAAUGGACGGCCUGGAUAGGCUUGACGGCUUGGAGGGGAUUGAUCUCAUGGAUGGGAUGACUGGUUUGGGAGAUUUUCAAGGCGUUACAGAACGGUUCGAUGACGAGAUGGAGAUUAACGAAGGGUUUGAGGGACAUCCACGCAUACAGGAGGAGCAGCUGGUGACAGUGCAAGGGGAUUUCACUGAAGAGCCUCUGUCUAUUGAGGCUCCUCAGAGACAAGAGGAGGAGAACUACUUCUGUGAUGAAGUCGAGGAUUACUACAGCGAGGAUGAGGAGGGAGACUUUCUCAGGGGAAAUGGAGAAGGUGUUGGGAGGCCCGCAGCCAGCAAGGCACAGUCCCGUCAGAAUGCCAAUGGCAAGAACCGCAUGGUGGUUAAGGCCAUGGCGCCUAAUGCCCUCGUGGACAUCAACGCAGCUGAUGAAGUCAAGUUCAAGGCGCUUGUCUCUCGCCGCGUCGUCUUCGACCAUGCCGACUGGAAGAAACACAAAUCGAGCGGCCGUUACUUCAAGCACCUGCGCUCCAUCCUGACCUCCAAGGUCAUCGGCGCGCUUGGCCCGCCAGUGUCCGUGAUGACGGGCAUCGCGGCGGCGGUGGUGGGGUGGAACGAGAUGGUCGUGAUGAAUAUUUUGCCCGAGUGGGCUCCCGUGCUGCACAUCUCCAACCUCCCCUUCAGCCUCACCGCGCCUGCCCUCUCCUUCCUCCUGGUUUUCCGCACCAAUGCCAGCUACGGCCGUUUCGAUGAGGCUCGCAAGAUGUGGGGGCUCAUGCUGAAUCGCACGCGCGACAUCACGCGACAGGCGCUGUCGUACAUGGCUCGCGACCAGUACACGUACGAAUACCCCAAGCGCGCUCAGUUCAUCCGCCACCUGCAGGCGUUCCCGCUCACCUACAAGCACCACUUCAUCCAAGAGGGCUCGCUUGAGGAGGAUCUCAGGGACCUCACCAGUCUGACAGACGCGGAGAUUGCGGGAGUAUUGGGGGCAACCCACCGGCCGAACUACGUGCUUAUGAUGAUGUCGGAGUGCAUGCGCUCGUGCACCAUGGAGCCCGUCAACCGCCUCGCCAUGGAGGCCAACUUCGCGACAUUCGCGGAUGACAUCGGAGGCAGCGAGCGUCUCUUCAAGACGCCCAUCCCGCUCUCCUACACGCGCCUCACCUCGCGCUUCCUCGUCCUCUACCACAUGUUCCUGCCUUUCGCCCUGUGGGACCCCCUCGGCUGGCUCACCAUCCCUGUGACUGCCACGUGUGCGGCCAUCUUUUUCUGCAUCGAGGAGGUUGGAGUGCUCAUUGAAAACCCCUUCCCCAUCCUGGCACUCGACGUCAUCGCGCAAUCAGCACGGAAUAAUGCUGGUGAGCUUGUGUCGCUGCAUGAGGGCAUGCGCAACCUAGUGGUGGAGGACGAUUUGGAGAUGAAGAUGCUCUCAGCAGUCUCCCAAGAAGCACUGCUGCCUCAUGCGCCUCAGUUGCCAACGGUAACGUAUGGGGAACAUUCUCCUCGUCCUUUGAACUAG